AUGUCUGCAACUACAAGCUCAGACUGCGAGAAUCCCGACUCCUUAGCCAUGUCUGCAACUACAAGCUCAGACUGCAAGGAUCCCGGCUCCUUAGCCAUGUCUGCAACUAAAAGCUCUCCGCCAGCGUGCGGCGCAAUCUGUUUUGGCGUCUUUGUGAUUGCUCUCUUUCUCGUGCCUUUUGCUGUUUUGAUUGGGGUCCAGUUUCAGGCCAACAAAAGAAAUUCGGAGUACAAAUGCUCCGACUUUACCAUCAACGGUGCAUAUCUCAGCCAAUUCAAUUACACCAACAACAAAGCCUCACAAUGGGCUAUCAAUAAUGUGGUUCAAUUCGCUUAUGAGCUUCAUGCGAACAAAUUAGGUUUCAGAUUCUUUGUGCAUGGUUCGUGCAAUGGAUUGGUUUGUAUCUCUGGUUGUAAUUUCUUUAGUUUGAAUAGUCCUAUAUACUUGUGGAAUCCAUCAAUCAGAAAAAUCAAGAGGCUUCCUAAUGGCUGCAUUCGGCAAAUAAUAAAUUUCGUUAAUCUUGGUUUCGGGUUUCACAGUGGCGAAAACGACUAUAAGGUUGUGAGGCUUGUUGGGGCUUCGCUUCCACGAGAGAAUGUCAUCCUUGAAGUUGAGGUUUACAGUCUUAGAUCAAAUGCUUGGAGAAGAAUAACUACGAUGCCUUCUUUUUCAGAUAAUGCCGUUUUUUGGGAAUCCAGAUGUACCUUCUUGGAUGGAGUUGUGUAUUGGAUUAUAAAAGAGCAUUCUUGCACUUCAAUCCUUGCUUUCGAUUUGGGCAGUGAGGUUUCUCGAAAGAUUAUGUUUCCUGAAAUAGUACAAAAUCAAAUGCGUAUUGGAGUGUUUGAAAAAUCACUCGCUUUAUUCCAUACAAGAACUGGUCUUGCUGUGAUGGAUUCGUAUGUUGACAUAUGGGUUCUGGAAGUGGAUGCUUGGAAAAUGAUCCGGACGAUUUAUUUGCCUAGUAGUACUGGAUUUGUAGCCUGGCCAUUGGGAAUUAGAACAAAUCUUGGCAAAGUUCACAUGAUUCAGGAUAGUUGGGACCCUAAGUUUGUUUUAUAUGAUCCAGAGUCACACCAAGUUAAAGUUACUGGAAUCAGAACGAAGUCAAUUUACUUUCCCUAUGUUGAUGCUUAUUGCCAGAGUUUAGUUUUACUCGACUGA